CGCCAUGUGUGUGCUUUUGUAUAGUCAAUAGCACCUGCUAAAUGGCUGAAAAAAAAAUCAUUUUGCGGUAUUGACAUCAUUACAAUGUGUCGGGUCUCUAUCGCAAAGCAAUCUGUCGCGAUAAGAGACUCCGGAGAGCUGCUUUGGAAUUGCUGGGGCACACAAUUAAUUGCCCACCAUCCCACCUAGAAGCACCUGACAUCAGUUGUCGAUUUGAUGUGGAUGUGACAGGUCUUGCUGAGCUGUUUUGCACCUCUACCGCCCGUAUCUCCAAUCGCGUUUAUGUGGCGUCGGACGGGAUUCUUUUGCAUGGAUAAAUUGGCCAAAGGGCACAUUGUUAAACACCUCAGAGCCUUUCUUACCAGUUCCGAAUUCUUUGAGCAUCACCUGAAUCGACAUCAUGACCAAAUCAUAUGAAGUGAACAGUAAAAUCGAUGGAAAAGCACAAUCAGAUGGAAAUGCUGAGAGAUCAAAUUCAAAGACUCCAGAAACUUCUGGCCAAAACUUAAAACGAGGAAAUUGGGGCAGACCCCUAGAGUUCAUUCUGGCAUGCGUUGGAUACGCCGUGGGCUUAGGAAAUGUUUGGCGGUUUCCUCACUUGGUUUUUCGCAAUGGAGGCGGAGCUUUUUUGAUACCAUUCGUCCUUAUGGUUUUUAUUAUUGGACUUCCCAUCUUCUUUGCUGAGCUCUACAUCGGCCAGUACAGUGGGUUGGGUCCUAAUAAAGCUUAUGCACGAAUGUCACCGUUUUUUGAAGGACUUGGAGCAUGUACAACCUUAGUGAUAACUUUCGUCACAAUCUAUUACAUGGUUAUUGUGGCCUGGAUUCUCUUUUACCUGUUUGCUUCCUUUACACCAAAUCUUGGCUGGGGACGCUGCAAUCAAGAAUACAACACUUACAAGUGCUUCAGUGGUCUCGAAGAUGCUACUUGCAAGCUGAACAACAGUAAUGCCCCAACAGAUCUUAUAUACUGGAAUCAAACUUGCGUAGAAAUCGGAACAAUUUGCUCAGAAAGUGGAUAUUUGGGUGUAAAUGCCAGUUUUUGUCGGAACUCAGAAACUCAGGAAGACAUUCCAAUCCGAAAUGUCAUUCACAGAGUUCUUGCAUCGGAGGAGUAUUACUAUGAAUAUGUCUUGGGUAUUGGCAAUGCUACUUGGACUAACUGGGGUUAUCCAAGGUGGCAGUUAGUUCUAUGCCUUCUACUUGCCUGGAUCAUUGCCUUCUUCUGUGUCAUUAAGGGUAUUCAGUCCGCAGGUAAAGUGGUAUACUUUACAGCACUUUUCCCCUACGUGACCCUUACUGCGCUUCUGAUACGAGGAGCUACCCUAGAGGGCGCUAUAGAUGGUAUCAUUUUCUACAUUAAACCUGACUGGGAGAGACUCCUUUCACCAGCAGUAUGGGCAGAUGCCGCUUCACAGACGUUCUAUAGCUUUGGUAUAGCUUGUAAUUCAUUGGUAACCUUUGCUUCUUACAACCAGUUUAAGAAUAAUUGCCACACUGAUGCGAUACUCGUGUCAGUGACGAAUGUAUCGACGGCUGUUUUUGCUGGAUUUGCGAUAUUCUCCAUUCUCGGAUUUAUGGCCCAUAACAUGGAUGUGUCCGUUUCAACAGUAGCCGCGGAAGGUCCUGGCCUUGCCUUCAUAGCCUAUCCGGAGGCUGUCCUCUUGAUGCCACUGCCUCAGCUAUGGGCCGUCUGCUUCUUCUUCAUGAUGUUCAUCCUCGGAAUGGGGAGUCAAUUUGGUGGAAUUGAAGCCAUUAAUACAGCUAUCAUCGACCAUUGGCCACAUUUGCGAAAACACAAAUGGCGAGUAACGGCAGGAACUUGUCUCUUUUGCUUCGUGGCAGCUCUACCGAUGGUCUGCAAUGGGGGUGUAUACAUGUUCACGCUGAUGGAAUGGCAUACAGCUAGUUGGGCCAUUCUCCUUCUGGGAUUUGCCGAGAUCGUUAUAAUUUCCUGGGUUUACGGUCUAGACAGAGCUUUCAGAAAUCUUGCUGACAUGGGCAUGAAAUUUAACAGAAUCUUGAAAACCUACUGGUCAUUUGUCUGGAUAAUAAUAACACCUAUUGGAUCCCUCGGCAUUUUCAUCUUCACAAUGACAGACAUAAAGGGUACAGAGCACCGGGGCUACAAGUUUCCUGUCUGGGCUGAUACCAUGGGAUGGAUUAUUGGUGCUUCGACUCUCGCACCUUUUCCGCUUUUCAUCGUCUUCCGCUGUAUAAAAGAUAAAUUGACGCUCAAGGAAUUUUUCCAGCCAUCACGUAAAUGGGGACCACAAGAAACGACUUCGCUGCAGGAUGAACGAAGGGCUUCAUCACUGUCAUCGAUGUCAGCAAUUUUGAAGACAAACGGAAUUGAUGCGUCGGAAUUCAUUUGACCAACUCCCUAUUUCCCUGCAUAUCAAAGAAUGUCCAAAUCCACCAUCCCACUGUAUGAUUUUAAUCCUUUCAUCCUUUAUAUACCAUCAGUUGCUUAAUAAAUUAUGUUACAAAAAACACCCAUGAGAUACAGAAAAAUAUACUGAGAAAUAAUUUUGCAGGAAA